UCAAGAAGUGAAGAAAGAAAAGGUAUUUCAUACUUCCACUAUGGCGUCUAUAUGAUGCGAGAAAUAUGGGAAGUUUAGAUAGGCGAGAUUCUUCUCGUCGACCUCUCACCCCAACCACCGCAAACAGACGGGAUACAUCGGACCUCGGCCAGCCGUAUCACCGUAACUUCAGUGAGUCAGUCAGCAUGACCAGCAAUCGCGGACAGCAGCGGGAGACGAUGACCUCAGCACCAUGGGCUAUAAAAUCUACAGACGACUUCAGACUCCUCAGAGGGCACGCUGGUGAUUGCGCCGGCAAGAUGCUUAAAUUACAAUGGUCUUCACUACAGAUACUGCUGUGGCAGUCUUUCUACACCAGCAAAGUCGACUGCGGGAAUGCAAGACCAGUAGCUGCGGCGUCAUGUGCUGUCAACCUGCAGUACGUCCCUGAUAAUCAAACGCAAUCCUGGCACCUGCAAAGUGGGUUUCCCGUCAUCGACGACAACAGAACAAGAAAGUAUGCGCCGGAAAACCAAGGAUCAGCUACUGCGACAGAGGCGUGGCUGCUCUCCAAACUGCCCCUGGAAACGCUGCGGCUUUAGUAGGCUCGGCGGCACAAUCGAAGCAGGGAUGUCAUAUUGCUUCCUGUUCUACGUACAGGUUAGUAGAAAAUACUUCUACAAGUGUUUUAAACACGAUUG